CAAUCCACGAUUCCCGCCUAAAUUAAAAAAGCUGUCAUUUCUACGCGCGGUAAAGGCUGUGGUUGCGCCCGCGCAACCAGGUAUUCAAACCGGGCGGGCCAGUCCAGUACACGAUGGAAGUUCGUACCGGUCGGUCGUGUGUCGGGCUACGUCGCGAGUGAUGUCGCAGCAUGAGUGCUGCGCGUGCCUUCUUGUGGUGCCUCCUCUUGUGCGCGGGAGUGGGUCUCAGCGACGGCGCCGAGCGCGCCCGCCAUCGGAACCACGUCAACCAUGCCGCAUCACGACAUAAACACUCAGAAUUCGUUAAAGGAAAGAUUUGCAUCGGAACAAAUGGACGGAUGUCAGUGCCAUCGAAUCGCGACACCCACUACAGAAACCUUCGCGAUCGGUUCACAAACUGCACCUAUGUUGACGGCAACCUCGAGCUGACAUGGCUGCAGAACGAAACAAUGGACUUGUCCUUCCUCAAGUACAUAAGAGAAGUCACCGGAUACGUUCUUAUAUCAUAUGUAAAUGUCCAACAAAUUAUUUUACCACAAUUACAAAUCAUUAGAGGACGAACACUAUUCAAAUUAAAUGUGAGAGAUGAAGAGUUCGCUCUCAUUGUGAUCAUGUCAUCAGCUUUCACCUUAGAGUUACCGGCGCUCCGUGACGUUUUGAGAGGGAACGUCGGUAUUUACAACAAUUACAAUCUCUGCCACGUCAAAACAAUAAACUGGGAGGAGAUCAUAACUGGGCCCAACGCGACUUAUGUUUACGUUUACGAUUUCCAAACACCAGAACGAGUAUGUCCCCGAUGUCACUCGUCUUGUGAAGGCGGUUGCUGGGGAGAGGGUCCUGAAAACUGUCAAAAAUUCUCCAAAACAAUUUGUAGUCCUCAAUGUGACCAAGGUCGAUGUUUUGGAAAGAAUCCUAGAGACUGUUGCAAUACCUUUUGCGCUGGUGGAUGCACUGGUCCGCUGCCAACACAGUGUCUUGCCUGUCGAAACUUUUACGACGAAGGGACCUGCUCACAGGAAUGCCCACCGAUGCAAAUUUACAAUCCUACCACUUAUUCUUGGGAGCCAAAUCCAAAUGGGAAAUAUGCUUAUGGAGCGACAUGUGUUCGAAAUUGUCCCGAGCAUCUUCUGAAAGAUAACGGGGCGUGUGUCAGAAGCUGUCCACCAAACAAGACAGCUGUGAAUGGGGAAUGUAAACCGUGCAAUGUCACAUGUCCUAAAACAUGUCGAGCUGAGAAACCAAUACAUUCCGGAAAUAUUGAAAGUUUUAGAGACUGUACUAUCAUAGACGGUUCAAUAGAAAUACUCGAAAUGACAUUCACUGGAUUCCAACAUGUAAAUCCAGAUUAUUCAUUUGGUGAGAGAUAUCCAAAGAUGGAUCCGGACAUGUUGGAAGUCUUCAGCACGGUGCGCGAGGUAACUGGAUAUUUAAAUGUCCAAGCACUGCACCCCAAUUUUACUAGCCUGUCAUAUUUCCGAAAUCUGGAGGUGAUCGGUGGGCGGCAAGUCGUUGAAAACCUUUUCGCAUCACUAUACAUCGUCAAGACUUCACUGAAAUCUCUGGGACUCAAGUCAUUGAAGAAAGUCAAUUCUGGUGCUAUAGCAAUAAUGGAAAACAAAGAUUUGUGCUUUGCUGAUAAGAUUGCCUGGAAUAAGCUAGUGAAGUCGAAAGAUCAUAAACAAAUCAUUCAAAACAAUGGAGACGGAAAUACUUGUGAACAUUUGGUGUGCGACCCACAAUGUUCCGCCGACGGCUGCUGGGGCCCUGGCCCAGAUCAGUGCCUCUCCUGCCAAAACUUCAAGUUUGGAGAAAUAUGUAUUAAAAACUGCAGUGUUAUACCGGGAUUAUACAAGGCUGGACCAAAGACUUGCGAGAAAUGUCAUUCCGAAUGCCUGGGUGGUUGCACAGGACCCAGUCAUGCCAACUGUACAGAGUGCAAACAUGUGCGGGACGGGCCUUACUGUGUUGAAAAAUGUCCGAUAUCAAGGUAUCCUUCGAUGAACGGAACUUGCAUGCCCUGUCAUGAGAACUGUAAUAGAGAUAAAGGCUGCACAGGCCCCUUAAAUACGGUCGGCGAAGGAGGAUGCAAUUAUUGUAGAAAGGCAAUCAUAACUGUAGAAGCUACUGUUGAAAGAUGCCUCAAAGAAAAUGAAACCUGCCCUGAUGGUUAUUACAACGAGUGGGUUGGCAAUGUCAAGCCACUAGACGAACAAGUUAAUAUUGGGUGCAGAAAAUGUCAUCCACUCUGUCGGCAGUGCACUGGUUUUGGCAUCCACACACACAUGUGCACUGUAUGCAAAGGCUACAAGCGAGGCGAUCAGUGUGAAGAAGAAUGCCCGGGAGAUCACUUCACUGACGAGGUAGCUAGGACUUGCACGCCAUGCCACCAGGAAUGCCGUGGUUGCAUUGGUCCAUCUUCAACAGAUUGUGUGAAAUGUAAAAAUCUCAAAAUAUUCCUAAAUGAUGAUAAUUCUGUCGACCCUAACACUUCCUUCAAUUGUACAGAUGUAUGCCCAGAAAACAUGCCUCAUAAAAUCUAUUUUGAUGAAUUAUUACAAGACCCAAUCGAUGAACCGUAUUGUUCAGAGUCAGCAAAUGAUUUACCUUCGAUGGCAACUGCAAAGACACCUACAGUAUUGGUUAUUUUAUUAGUAAUAGCUUUUAUCCUACUAGUAACUCUUGGAAUUAUUGGAUACACUUGUAGACAGAAAGCGAAAGCUAAAAAGGAAGCAGUGAAAAUGACAAUGGUUCUUACUGGAUGUGAAGAUAAUGAACCUCUUCGACCAACAAAUGUGAAGCCAAAUCUUGCCAAAUUGAGAAUUGUUAAAGAGGGCGAACUUCGAAGGGGAGGAAUGCUAGGAUUUGGCGCUUUUGGAAAAGUUUAUAAAGGGGUAUGGGUUCCAGAAGGUGAAAAUGUUAAGAUCCCCGUUGCCAUUAAAGUGCUAAAAGAAGGCACAGGUGCCAAUACCAGCAAAGAGUUCCUAGAAGAAGCAUACAUAAUGGCCAGUGUCGAACACCCUAAUUUAUUACAAUUAUUGGCUGUUUGUAUGACUAACCAAAUGAUGCUGAUCACGCAAUUGAUGCCACUUGGUUGUUUGUUAGAUUACGUCAGAACGCACAAGGAAAAAAUAGGCUCUAAAGCGUUUUUAAACUGGUGCACUCAAAUAGCGCGCGGCAUGGCAUAUUUAGAGGAAAAGAGAUUGGUGCAUAGAGAUUUGGCAGCUAGAAAUGUUUUAGUUCAAACUCCGAACUGUGUUAAGAUAACAGAUUUCGGAUUGGCAAAACUUUUAGAUAUCAAUGAAGAUGAGUACAAAGCUGCAGGGGGGAAAAUGCCUAUAAAGUGGCUUGCGCUGGAAUGUAUACAACAUAGAAUAUUCACGCAUAAGAGCGACGUUUGGGCGUUCGGUGUGACAAUAUGGGAAAUAUUAAGUUAUGGUGCACGUCCGUACGAGAAUAUCUCAGCAAGAAAUGUCCCGGAGUUAAUUGAGAAUGGAUUGAAGCUGCCUCAACCCAGCAUCUGCACACUCGAUAUUUACUGCACCAUGGUUUCAUGCUGGAUGUUGGACGCAGAUAGUCGGCCCACCUUCAAGGAACUGGCCGAUACGUUUGCUGAAAUGGCGAGAGAUCCUGGAAGGUAUCUCGUCAUACCUGGGGACAAGUUUAUGCGCCUGCCAUCCUAUUCUACACAGGAUGAAAAAGAAUUGAUAAGAAAUCUUUCAUCGGCAAUGGAAGGUCCAGAAUCGCUGGUAGAAGCCGACGAAUAUCUUCAACCCAAGUUUAAAACGCUACCAGGCACUGUCACUUCGAAUUCGGCUGUAAGCGCGGGAAUUGACACUCAAACACGCUCACUUAAGCCGUGCACGUCUUCUUCGUGGGCCAACAAUGUUACAGGUCCGGAGUGUUUGACCUCUGAUGGCUCCAAUAGACCCGAAGCAUGGGACCACGAACUUCUGCGAUAUAACCAUCAAGGCAAUCCAGAUGGACCCGAACUAAGACAUUAUUAUCAUAACGGAGUCUGCGCAUCUGAUAGUUCUAGUUCAAGAUAUUGCAGUGACCCCAUGAAAGUCCGAUCAGACGGGUCUAUUGACGGCAAUUUCGACAGCAUGUCGAAGACGAAAGAAGCUCAAGUCGGAAACUUAAAGUUGAAUUUGCCGCUUGACGAGGACGACUACUUAAUGCCAUCGCCCCAGCACAAUCAGAGCGCAUCUGCGUAUAUGGAUUUAAUAGGCGAGGGGGGCGAGGGUCAGGAUGUGAAGGAGAUACGGUACAGCAGCUUCGUGGGGCCCAAGCGGUGCGUGGACAAUCCCGAGUACUUGAUGUCGGACGAGAGUGUGCCGGCGCAAACUCUGGGCAUUCCCACGGAGCCACUGCCGCUAGAGUCGCUGUGCGUGAGCGAGGGCAGUGGCGGUGAGGGUACACCACGACCUGGUACCAGCAAGUACCUGCCGCAACGGUCGGUGGAGGAGGAGUCGAUGUCUGACCACGAGUACUACAACGACCUGCAACGCGAGCUGCAGCCUCUCCGCAGAAACGAGACGACGGUGUGAUGCUCGGCCGGCGCAGCAUCGCGCGUUCUCACUGAUCUCUCGCCACUCUGUUUUACUUAAUAGAGCGCGCCCGCGCCCCUCGUGCCAUUGAAGAUGGCUAGUGUUAGCUUGUUGAUAAAUCUCGAAUAAGAAUUUUAUUUCAGUUAUCAUAAACGACUUUGUUAUCUUUUUCUACUUAAAUUUUGUAAGGGAACUGUUAAAAGAUAGUAAUUUGUAAAAAUAUUUUAAUUUCUCGAUUGCUCGAAAGCGCUUAACAAAUUAUAAGUUAUUUAUUAAUUUAGGUUAAGAAUGGCUAUGUUUACGUUUCUCGAAUGCUGCAGCGUUAAGGAAGAGCGAUGCAGUAAUUUCGAGUGAUAAUUUAAUUUAAAACUGUGAUAAUUAGAUUAAUUACAAUAUUAUGGGACCAGUGAACUUAAAAAAGUCCACGCCAAAUAAUGAUUUAUAUUAUAAAAUGUGAACGACAAUUUUGCCAUUGAUUGUGUUCACGUUUGGUGAGACUUUCCAUUUAAAUACAAAUAGAUUAACGACAUUCCACUUUGAGAACAAGUAUACCUACAUAGUAGAUACAAGAUAGAUGUUAUAAUUAUGUACAAAUUAAACUUUACUACAUUUCCUUUAAAAUAUGUACCUACAUUUUUUUGUACUUUUAUUCUAUAUGAUUUAGACUAUACUUGUUCUGACUUGCCUUUCUUUUACCACUCGCUUCUGUAUCAUACUUAACAUGUAAAUAUUCCUUUUUUUAUACUUAUAGCAAUAGCAAGCCACAAAAGACAUUAAUUUUAAGAUUUUGAGCUGUCUUUAGCACAAAACGAGCUCAAAUAUGUCCAGCCGAAAUGCAAAUCUUUAUAUAAUCUUAUUAAUAUAAGUGUUUUGUUAGACCAAUGCCAUGAACUUGUAAAUAUAUUAUUAAAUUGUACAUAUUUUAUAAAAUUUUGUAACUAUAGAGCGCGUAUGCUCUCAUGUUCUAUACUUGAAAUACGUCAAGUUUAAUGAUUUUCUGUUCCAAGUAUUGACUGAGAUCAUACUUACAAUAAAGAUUUCAAAGUGUUGGUAAUUAUUGGUUACUGCCAUAGGAUUAAAGUUUUUAAUUAUUAAAUCUAUGGUUGUUACUUACAAUUAGAGUACCGAUGUAGGUAUGUAAUUUUUGUUUUAUUUUUAUUAUAUAAAAUAUUAUAAUGAAAUCCGUGCUAAUGCUAUAAAAAUAAUUGUGCCAUUACAAAUAAAAUAAGAUAAAAUACAAAAUAUGAAGUGUAACAUAACGAAUAUGUUUAUGAAAAGCGAUUUAAAAACUAAGAAAAAGACCUAUUUCGCGCCUAUUAUUUCUCAUCUCAAGUCUUAAGUUUCCCGUUUAGAUAACAAUUCAUUUUAAUAAUAAUAAAAAUUUAACACAACAGGCAGAUCUGACAAGAUACUGUCUUAUUUGAAUGAAAAUCAACCGUGUCAAGAAUUACUACUAAUUUUCAAAGUUACGGUGAAAACAGAGCCAACAGUCUUGAAAAGACUAGAAGGCCUAUAUGUUUAUUAUAUAUUACAUAAAUGCAAGGGAAUACAGAACGGUCCCCAGAACUAUAAAGGUGCGUAUAAAUUUUGUAAAAAUGUUGUAUAACAUGUCCACAUUAUCUGACAUUGUUUUUCAACAUUGCAACAUAUAAAAAAAUACACAUUAGAAUUAAAAAUGUUAUAGAACUAUAUAUAUAAUUAUAUUUUUAAAUCUUCUUUAUAAAUCUUUAAUCUCACGCCAUACAGCAGAACGUGGCCUUUCAGUCUUCUCAACUGUUGGCUCUGUCUAUCCCACAGGGGAUGACGUGUGUAUAAAUAAUUAAAUCUAUACUUCAUUAUCUGUAUCAAUUAAUCAUACAUAUUAGUUCUUAAUAAAUCUUUAAAUAUAUAUAAAGAUGUACUAUACUAUAUAUAUAUAUACUACUAUAUUCUAUAUACUAUAGUAAACCUUUAUCAAUCAACCAUACACCAGCUGGGCGUAUAUAGUUGUUUAUAAAUCUACAUCUGCACAUCUUUAGAUUUUUAUCACACAGUUAAUUCUAGCAGCGGAUGAGCUGUUUUUGCUCUAUUUCUGGAUAGGCAAUGACGAUUUAAAGAUUUAUUACGGAUUUAUAAUUCUUUUACUUUGGGUGAUUUAAAGUCUUUCAUUUUGCUUACAUAAACAUAUUCAAAUUAUUUAUUACUUAUUGACACAUUUGACGAAAAAUAGAAUAUAUUAUGUAAGUUCACAUGGCCAAUUCUGUAGAUAAAAUUGGUGAACGAGUAUAAGUAGGUACUAACUUGUACCUUAA